CAAACAGGAACAAUGAAUGUCAUACAAAACUUGAAAACCUUCCUUCAAUGUCAUACAUACUAUUAAAUGUGAAAUAUAUUUUUCUGUAUGUUAUACAUGUUAUAUAUGUCAUUAAUUUAGAAAUAGAAGAAGUAUAAUAGAAAAACUCCCCCGUUUAAGUCAAUGGACUGAUCUACAUUAGUUGUGAGGGAGAUAGCCUACUUGGCAGACAGGUCAUACUUCAAGAGAACAUUGUUGUUUCUACCUGGUGGUCGACAGUCAGGAACACAGAGAUCUAACCUCCACCGUGAAUCAGCACAGAUGUCAACCAUGAGGUUCUUUCUUUACAUGUGUUUCACAGCUUUGGCAAGUCUCGUUUCACUAACUACUCAAGAAAGCACCAAUUUGAACAAGAAAGUUCCGUACUUCACAUCAACAUUUUUCUACUGUGAAAGCCAAGCUGUGAAGACAUCAAAUAUUACGAGUCAGAUUAGCUAUGUCUCAUGGCUUCUGCCUGACAACACCAUCCUGAAACAAGGUCAGAUGCGGAAGAAGGUCACAGUGUCUAGUGAUGGAUACAACCUCACGGUCUCUGACAUCAACGAUGAUAUUUUCGGCUACUACUACUGCAUUGUUCUGAUGAAACCAGUGAAUGGCAAACCAUCAGAAAUCAAAUCAAUUCAGUUUGGACUGAACAUAGAUGGAGCAGAUUUUUCUGACUUGCAUGAACGAUAUCGUAAGAGUGCAAUUAUUGGUGGCAUUGCAGCAGCAGUGAUGGCGGCAGUAUUUGGAGUAGGGUGUCUUGUCUGGCACUACAAGUAUGCGUCAAAGCGUGACGAUCGGAACAGCUCAAUAGAAAAGAAGCACAAAUCACACAUACAGGUAUAUGAAAAUGCAGUUUAUGAGGUGGCUGUUGAUGACAAAGAAGUGGCCAAUGAUGAGAAAGGAAACCAAAAUGAUGAGACUCCAAAUAGGGAACCAGUGGUGGUGGAGUCAGUAAACAUUCACACUGAGAAACUAUAACUCUGCUAGUGUAAUGAUAAAUACUUAUGUGUGUGACACUUUAGUUCUAGUUAAUGUGUGGAUAUUCAAGAAAGCCUAGUGCAUAUACAUCUGGCAUCACAUGUAUUAAUACAAUUCAUUAAAAUUAAAUAUACAUAUUCAUGACAUACACAAAAACAGAGAGAAAUAUUUGUUAAGGGACACAUAAGCAUUUUGUUUAAUCAGAGAAUGUAAGGCAUAAAUCCUGGAACUUGCUAAUAGCAAUACAAGUCUAUGAGAAAAGAUGCCCAGGUCUAAAAAUCCUCCUAGAAUCAUGGUAUUUGGUUGAACCUGACUUUUUCCAAGAAAAUCACAAUUCAAACCACCAUAUAUUACCAUCACAUAUAUGUUGGAAUAAGUGGUAUAAGAUAUUCUUAUUAACAAGAGUGUGAGAAAAGAAACUUGUUUAUUUCAAUUUAUUUCCAUGUUUGUAUAUAAUUCAGGUUCAAGCAUGCUGGCCAAACACACAUCAGCUAUCUGGGCUGUCUGUGCCCCAAUGACAUGAGGCAGAAUGCCAAUGGAACUUUGGGGAGGUUUGAAAAAAUGAAAAUUAAUAUAUAAUAAAAUUAUAACUGUUGCCAAAUUUAGGGGGGCCCGGUCCCCUGCUAGUGGUUUGGGUGAGAGAAGAGGAGUUGUUGUUGUAGUGGCCUUACCACUGAGCCAUUAAACUCAAUCUGAUUGGGAGCUGAUACAGGGAUAUGAACCCAGUACCAAUCAGCCUUAAAGAUUUAGUGGCACAACCACUAAAGCACAAGGCCAGUUAAACAAUACACUUACUACAAUUGUAUACAAAGCUAUGUCCUGUUGUCAGGUGGAAAAUAAAGACUACUACCGUAUGCAUGUAGAUAUCAGCCACUGUCAAUAUUACCAGUGGGAAGUCCAACAGACAGGACAGUACAUGCCAUAGUCUUUGAUAAACCAGAUGUAUGAUCACGAACCAAUGAACAUGCCAUUCAAGACUGCUCCGCAUCCUUGAGAUGUUUGGAAUUGAAGAAGGAUGUUUAGGCUACAUGGGUCUAAUCAAGCAAGUGUCAAUGCCUUGGUCAAGUUGUGAUAUAAAACAUGAAAUAUUUAUUUAAAUUAUAAAAGAUAAAAUAUUCUAUUCUUCUAAAUUUGUUUGAGUCUAGAAAUCUAUUUGAAUCAGAUUUAUCAUGUAGAGUCAUCUAGUAUCACAAGAGCUUGAAAACUAAAUCUAACCAACCAUAAAACUAGUAUUCAUGAAUUUUUCAUUUUAAGAAUUAAUAUCAUACAAUCAAAGUAUUAAUCUCAUGUAAUUGAAGUAUUAAUUCAUCCAAAUUAAUUGUUAUUUGAUUGGGGUGGCAGAGGGUGUAUCUUUUUUUUUUUUUCAGAAUGAUUCGCCUGUUCUGGAUAUGGUAUUGUUAUAGUAUGUGUUGCAUGUCAUUAACAUAAUGUAAGAUGUAGAGGAUAUUUCAUGUUUUUUGUCAAAUAUGAUUUAUAUCUCAUCGUGUGAAGUUUGCAAUCAUAUAUCAUGAGUUGUGCUUGUGCGACAAGUAUGAUAUGAUUGCAAACUUCACGAGAUGAGAUAUAAAUCAUAUUUGACAAAAAACAUAAAAAUUUCUAUUUAUUAUAUAAUUUUUAGCAAUUUACCUUUAUUUUUAAAAUGCCAGGAGCAAAAUAGUUCUGGCUUUCUUACAGUGAAGAUAACACUCUCUACAGUGACGAUAACACAUUUAAGAGUGAAAUAAAUGUUAUAUAAUAAAAGGAGAAUAACUCAUGAAAUAAUCAUAACAUGCCCAUGACAACAUAUGCUGAUUUAUGCCAUGUUUCUGAUACUAUGUGUCAGUUUGUAUAGUAUGCUGUUCAAAAUAAGUAGGGGAUAUUCAAAUGUAGCACAGUAAAACAGUGUAUUAUUUAAAGUAAUAGUAGAUACAGAAGUAUGCAUAAACCAGACACAGAUGGGCCACGAAGUAAAACUUGUGAAAAUCAAAUGAAUGCAUUAAAAUAUGAAAACAAAACAACCAGUUUUCAAAAAAAUUAAUAUAUUUGUCAUGGCAUGUUCUAGAUUAUGUGUCCAACAACAUUUUUGAGUAUCCUAUCCCAUUCCUCCUGCCAAAUGUCUGGGAUAUCAUUGAUGAUGGAGACAUCAUAUGAUGAUGUCUGACACGUUACUAAUUGGGGGAGGUUGGGGCAGGAGGUUUGAGCUCAGGGCUGACCAUGUUUAAUUUUGUCUUCAUGUUUUGCUUCUGCAUAUGGUAUUCAUAUUUUAAUUCAGAUAUCCCUUAUUUUAAGCAGUAUAUUACAAAUAUGUGAGCUAUCCACGAAUCACUUAAUAUAAACUACAUCUUUAAAUAUAGGACAAAUUUACUGCCUUUGUUUCAGUUUUGUCCACUGUUGUUAUGAAGAAACAGCCAGUUGUAUGUGAUGAAUGUGACAUUUCCUAGUUGGGUUAUCGGUAAUCACUGGUGUUCUGGUGCAUGUUGAUUCAUGACAACAUCAGCCCCGGGUUACUGAUUAUCAUGAUGUACUUAAACACAGACAUGCACUCAUUAUGGUAAUUCACUCAGGACUACAUAAUUGUAAAAGUGUGAAACUCACAAAGCCUUUGGUACUGUUAGCCAAUAAUUUGUUGAUUUAUAACUCAUUGAAACAUUCCUUACAAAAUGUAUUAACUAAAUUCAGCUAAAGUUAA